AAAGGAGGGCAGAUACAUGUCUAUACAUGGGUGGAGAAUGCAGGUAGAUGCUCUGUUCUGAGGUGGAGCUGCUGAGGGGCAGUCAGAGAAGAGACAGCUGGGACAAAUUGUACACGGCGCUGUUGGAGGAGACCAAUCAUCCCGCCAUGGAAACAAAGACAGAAAAUCAACGGCCCGAAAACAACAACAAUGGCCAGCUGAUUUCUGUGCCUCGCAAGGACACCAUCCGCCUGCUGGAGGUGUACGUGAAGCGCAGCCUCAGCUUAAAUGAUGGGGCCCUCGGAAAUAAGAAGGGGAGGAAAGAUAAGUGGGUGACGAUGCCAAACAGGCAAAGGCGACAUUCCAGCGACCCUUCCAUCCACUUGAUGGAAAUAAAGGGAUCAGACGACGAAGUUGGUCCAUUUUCUGCAGUCGAACCUCCGGCAAAUGUGCCUGAUACGCUUCACGAAGAGAAACCCCCGAGCCCCCAAGAGAAACCCUCCAAGAAACCAAAGAACAAGAAGCCAUCGUUCUGGAAAAACUUUGUUGGCUUUUUCUCGCGGAAGAGUAGCGAGGAGAAAGAUGAAGAUGAGGACAGUCGGCCAGAGAUACCCGAGAUGGCCAGAUCAGAGGAGACGCUCUCUGACGUGGUGACCAGCUGCCUGCCAGCAGCGACGGUCACUUCACACAAAAAAAAGUCCAUGAGAAGAAAAUCCAUCAAGAGGAGAUUAUCCAAAAGGGGGCGUUCGACGACAAAACAAAAUAAAUCUGUCAAAGAUCUCAACAUUGCUGACAUCUCCAGAGUUGAAGCAGUCGUGAGUGUGGAAGCGACGUAUUCCUACUACGAGAAGGUGUCACAGGAACUGGAGAGGAUCGUUCACCAAGUAAAAGAGGAAGCUGAGCAGCUCACUGACGAGCAAAUCAUCAACAGGAUCAUUGAGCUGACGAAGGAGCAGGGCGACGCCAUCGAAGACAAGCUGAAAGAUAACCCCACCCUGAGCGGCUUCUUCCAGCGGAUGACCUACUCUUCCUUUCAGAAGUUGGCCGAUGCAUAUCUGGAGAAGGAAGCGAUGGCGACCCACAAUCCUCCCACCAUCCCACAUACGGCGCCUGAGCUCAUCAAGUUGGCCUUUACAUACGACUUUACAGCCAAGGUAGCCCGUCUCUCCAGACAGAACGUAGGUCACAUCACUGGCCUGGGGAACCGUUAUCUAGAGGACCGAUUUGAAUACAAACAGGUCUGUUCAGACCAUCCAGUGUCUGACAGUGACAGCUGAGGGGCACAAACACGCAGAAACCAAACCAAAGCUGCAAGUGAAACAUUUACUGUUCAACUUCUCUCUGGAUGUGCUGCACGCCUGAAUUCUCCUUCAGCACGAUGGACUACUUAAAAGUGACUUUAAACUGGCAGCUGACAAAUCGUGGCCAUUUUCGUUUGAUUUUAACUCCUCUGUGAUGAAAAAUUCUGCAACAGCAUGUUUGCAGGAGAACGAGUUGAGCGGCAUCGGAAGGUUUGCCUGAGCGUUUUAAGCUCCGUCUUCAAACCCAUGGCUGCAUCAGCUGAUUGUAGAAGUGACACUACUGUAUAAAUGUGACGCUCUUGAUUCCUGCACAUUGAUUUCUGAUGGUGGAAGAGGAGCAUCACAAUCAUGUUGAUUUAUAUAAGCUUGACAACUAUGUGCAAUUUUAGUUUUUUUUUAAAAAUUGUUUUACAUUUCUAGGAUUUUAAAAGGAGCGUUUUUAGUGAAACUGUGACAUUGUUUCUGUUUGUUGAUGUGAAUGCAGGCAUUCACACUCCACACUGAAAUAAAUAGAUUUUUAAUUUAUUAAUGCUGA